UUAAGUAUUAAUCAAAACCCAACAACAAUAAUCAAAAUAUUGGUGUUAAUAAUAAGAUUAUCAAUGGAGAAACAAAUGUGGAGAUGGAAACUCCUCUUCCUCCUCUUUCUAUCUCUUCUUUAUGUGGCAUUUUCAGAGGAUUUCCCCUCCCAAGGAUGUUAUUGGACUGAGACAUGCCUACAUAAAUUACAUGGAGAUUGUGGUGGUCUUGUGUAUAACCAAUCAAGUAAUUGCUAUGGCAAUUGUCAAGGACUAAAAUAUUCAUCAUGUCCUCCUAAUCACACACAUUUUUACUGCUGCAUAGCUGGUAGCCCUACAAAGGUGAAAGAUGGGUGCAAGAAGUGUGAGAAUAAGGUGGAGGACGAUGAUGGGUUUGUAUGUUGCGGAGACUGCACUUAUCCGGACAUGGUCUAUGGUGAUACUUCAUUAGGGUAUUGCAAAAGUGGUUCAGAAUUGAUUUCACAACCAAAGCCUAAAGAGGUGUUUAAAUGGGUUAAUGGACCAUGGCUACCAUGUUCUGCACUUUGUGGUGGUGGGAUUCGGAGUAGAAGAGUCGAUUGUUAUGCAGUAAUUGAGGAAACUUCCUUCCCUGAUUAUCCAGUAUACGAUGACCAUUGUUUAAAUCAAGAAAAGCCCAAAGUUCGAGAGUUGUGCAAUCUACAAAAUUGUGUCGCAAGCGUAGUAAGCAAUGGCAAGGAUAAGGGAAGAAGACAUAGUAGAACAUUGACAUGGAUGAUGAUACUUUUAAUCUUUGUUGCUAUUAUUGCUCUUGGAUUUGCAGGGUUUAUUUUCUACACAAGGAGAACUUCUAACGAAUCUGGCUAUGUUUACAUCAUGAUGGAAGGGUUUUCGUGAAAUUCAUUUGUAGCAUGGGAUUAAUUUUGUUUUUACAAUAUAGUUUUGUUAAUAGUCUUGAAUUAUUUCAUAUAUUAAUCUUCUCGAGUUGAAAAUGUAAAAUUAUACUCUGUACAUUGAAACUCUUGAAUGGAAAAUGUAGAUAAUUU